AUGAAUGAGAUCAGGGUGGUUGUCUGUGGUGAUGAGGGAGUAGGAAAGAGUAGUCUUAUUACUUCGUUACUCAAAGAGAAAUUUGUUGAAAACAUUCAGCAUCUUUUGCCUCCUGUGAGCAUACCAAGAGACUAUUCCUCAUCUCCUUAUACCCCAGAUAUAACAAUUCUAGUUGAUACAGACAGUUCAGAUAUCGCCACUUUACAAAAAGAGAUACGACAGGCUGACGUGAUCUGGCUUGUAUACUCGGAUAAUUAUAGCUAUGAAAGGAUCUCACUUUAUUGGCUCAACAUGUUUCGUUCUUUGGGUGUCAAUCUGCCGGUUGUACUAUGCAAUAACAAAUGUGAUCUAGAAAACUCAGGCCCAGAAGAAAGGGAGCAAGCUAUUAUUGAUGAGAUGAUUCCUAUACUCAAGGAAUUUAAAGAGGUGGAGUCUUGCAUCCGUUGCAGUGCUAAACUAAACUACAAUGUUGUUCAAGCAUCCUACUUAUGUCAAAGGGCUGUGACAUAUCCUAUCUCUCCCUUGUACGAUUACAAAGAAGGAGAGUUGAAAUCACAGGCCAUAUUGGCCCUCAAGAGAGUAUUCUAUCUUUCGGACAAAGACCACGAUGAAGUUUUGAACGAUCACGAACUGGAAGUACUGCAGACCAAAUGUUUUCAUAAAACUAUAGAUAUUAAUGAGUUGCAAAAAAUAAAAUCCACCGUUGAGGGAAUUUGUGCGGUAGGCACCUUCCAUGGUCUUACUGAAGAAGGUUUCCUAGCUUUGUGCAAGUACUAUGCACAAACAGGUCGCCACGAAACAAUAUGGGGUAUUCUGAGGACAUUUCACUAUACGGAUUCUUUAUCUCUUAGUGAUAAAGUUUUAUAUCCCAGAUUAGAUGUCAACGUGCAUUCCAGUGUUGAGCUGUCUCCCAUUGGUUAUGAGUUUUUGGUCAACUUAUUUGUGUUGUCGGAUACUGAUAACGAUGGAGGCCUGAGUGAUCAGGAGUUGGACAAUUUAUUCAAGCCCACCCCAGGCAUCCCAGAACUGUGGAAGGACUCAAACUUCCCACGUACCGUGGUGUGCAAUGAACAAGGAUAUGUUACUUUACAAGGGUGGUUAGCUCAGUGGUGCAUGACAACGUUUUUAGACUACAAAGUGACAUUGGCUUAUUUGGGAUACUUGGGAUUUGAGUCACCAAGAGGCUCUGUUGCCGCACUUAGAGUCACCAAACCAAGGAAAACACGCACAAAAGAUGGAAAAUCAUAUCGAUGUGCGACCAACGAUCGAACUGUCUUCAAUUGCUUUGUUUUGGGGGCACCCAAAAGUGGAAAGACCUCUCUCCUUGAAGCCUUUUUGGAGAGAAACUUUCAUGAAACGUACUCCCCUACAAUCAAACCAAGAAUGGUGGUAAAUAGCGUUGAAGUGAAAGGUGGCAAACAAUGCUACUUGAUCUUGGAGGAAUUAGGAGAAUUGACUCCAGCAGUAUUGGAAAAUCAAACAAGACUGAAUCAAUGUGACAUUUUAUGCUAUACCUACGAUUCUGCUGAUCCAGACUCAUUUCAAGAAUUGGUAGAUUUACGUGAAAAAUACCCGAAGCUAGAUGAAUUGCCGGUAGUCUUUGUUGCUUUGAAGGCAGACUUAGAUAGGCAGCAACAGAGAUGUAAGCAUCAACCUGAUUCCUACACAAAAUCACUGUUAAUCCAACCCCCAUUACAUAUAUCAUUUUCUUGGGGUUCAUCUCUGAACGAGUUGUUUAUUCAACUAGUUGAAACUGCUGUCAAUCCUAAACUUUCUACACCAGGAAUUGAGCAAGAUCAGGAGAACGACUCUAUCAAUUCAAUUGCUAUUGUAGCGAGUGUCAUAAGCGGAGUGAUUCUAGCUAGCAUUUGGUAUUACAGAGGAAAAUAA